UUGAUCCUUCAAAGAAUAAUGAAACUGAUAAAGAUAAGAAAUCAGAUCGCGAAGAAACUCCUGAUAAAGAGACAAAGGGUGAAGAAACAUUUAAAAUUCCAAAAGGUUUCGAGAAUUUUUUUAAUAAAAAUGCAGAUAAACUUAAACAAAUUGCAAAAGAACAAACUCCAAAAACAAAAUUUAACUUACAUUUAAAUGUUAAUACUAUACUUCCACUCUUAUUUUCGGCUUAUAUAUUAUAUAAAAUUGUUGGUGGUACUGAUAAUUCUAGAGAGAUUACAUGGCAAGAAUUUCGAACAGCAUUUUUAUAUAAAGGUUUGGUAGAUAAACUAGUUGUGGUUAAUAGAAAAAAAGUACGCGUAUAUUUACAUUCAAACGCAACUGGACAGAUGUAUCCAAAUGCUCCUACUUUACCGGGUUCGAGUUAUUAUUUUAGUAUCGGAUCUGUUGAAGCAUUUGAACGUAAAUUAGAAGAUGCUCAAAAUGAAUUAGGAAUCCCAUCUACUGAGCGUAUACCUGUAGCAUAUCAUGAUGAGAUUAAUUUAAUGAGUACAUUAUUACAUUUUGCUCCAACUCUUCUCUUGGCUGGAGCUUUAUUCUAUAUUACGAGACGUGCAGGUAGUGCGGCAGGAUCACAAGGUAUUUUUGGUAUUGGAAAAUCGAAAGCAAAAUUAUUCAAUCAAGAGACUGAAGUCAAAGUUAAGUUCAAAGAUGUUGCAGGAAUGGAUGAAGCUAAAGAGGAAAUCAUGGAAUUUGUAAAGUUUUUAAAAGAUCCUACAGCUUACGAAAGAUUGGGAGCCAAAAUUCCCAAAGGAGCUAUUUUAAGCGGACCUCCAGGUACAGGUAAAACUUUACUUGCGAAAGCCACUGCAGGAGAAGCAGGAGUUCCUUUCUUGAGCGUGUCAGGAUCAGAAUUUGUUGAAAUGUUUGUUGGAGUUGGGCCAUCCAGAGUACGAGAUUUGUUCGCAAAUGCUAAAAAACACGCACCAUGUAUAAUUUUUGUCGACGAAAUUGAUGCGAUAGGAAAAUCAAGAGGAAAAAUAGGACAAUUUGGUGGAAAUGAUGAAAGAGAAAGUACAUUAAAUCAAUUACUCGUAGAAAUGGAUGGGUUUAGUACAAACGAACAUGUAGUCGUGUUAGCAGGUACUAAUAGACCUGAUGUGUUAGAUUCAGCAUUGAUGCGUCCAGGACGUUUUGAUCGUCAUAUUGCCAUUGAUCGACCUGAUAUUAAAGGAAGAAGUGCCAUUUUUAAAGUACAUUUGAAACCAAUCAAAACAAAAGAGGAUAUUGAACGUUUAUCAAACAAAUUAGCGGCGUUGACACCAGGAUUUUCAGGGGCAGACAUAGCUAAUGUUUGUAACGAAGCGGCACUGAUCGCAGCACGUUAUCGUAAAGAUUGG